AUGAGGGCCCACUAUGACUCCAGUGAUCUGUUGUCAGUAGUGGAUGUUGAUGUGGAUGCUAUAUCUGAAGGAACAGUACUAGUGGCUGACAUUGCAGGAGUGGAUGCGGAUGUGGAUGCUAUACCUGAAGGAACAGUACUAGUGGCUGACAUUGCAGGAGUGGAUGCGGAUGUGGAUGCUAUACCUGAAGGAACAGUACUAGUGGCUGACAUUGCAGGAGUGGAUGCGGAUGUGGAUGCUAUACCUGAAGGAACAGUACUAGUGGCUGACAUUGCAGGAGUGGAUGUUGAUGUGGAUGUUAUACCUGAAGGAACAGUACUAGUGGCUGACAUUGCAGGAGUGGAUGCGGAUGUGGAUGCUAUACCUGAAGGAACAGUACUAGUGGCUGACAUUGCAGGAGUGGAUGCGGAUGUGGAUGAUAAAGAAUAG